AGGAAUGUGGGCGCGGGCAGUGUGGCUGGGCCUUCGGGCCCCGCUGGGCGGGCGUCGGGGCUUCACUUCCAAGGCGGAUCCGCAGGGAAGUGGCCGAGUCACCGCCGAGGUGAUCGAGCACCUGGAGCGUCUAGCGCUCGUGGACUUCGGCAGCCGCGAGGCGGUGGCGCGGCUGGAGAAAGCCAUCGCCUUCGCCGACCGGCUCCACGCCGUGCACACGGACGGGGUGGAACCCAUGGAGUCCGUACUGGAGGACAGAUGUCUAUACUUGAGAUCCGACAAUGUAGUUGAAGGCAACUGUGCUGAAGAACUACUACAAAACUCUCAUCGUGUCGUGGAAGAGUAUUUUGUGGCCCCCCCAGGUAUGUGUUGCCCAGAGUGGUUUAACAGAUAGUCUCACAGUGACUUAAGAAACAAAGCAGGAAUGCUGAGAACCAAAGAUAUUAUGUGAAAGCACUUUGAAAAGGAUAACAUGCAUACAGAUGGCGACAUUAAGGUGGCAAGAGUCUGAGGUCAUACUCACCUCUAGGGGCCAGUCAGUAGCAGGAAUGAGCAGAACAGGACUAGGGGAGAAGGGUGUACAGUGGAUGACAAAUCUAGAGCUCAAGCUCUGCCUAAAGGGG